CUCCAUGAUCUUCCUGUACUCCCUCUCAACAUUGUUUCCCCCCCGACAGACGGAAAGUAGCACGGCUACGGGUAAGCCACUGUGCGCCGGUAACGAACAUCUUUCUCCUUCCAAUUCUCCAAUCAAUCAGGAAAAUAAUGGCUUGAGAGUAAGAAACGUUUCCAAGGCGCCCGCCUUCUAGCCCCAGCUACUCUUAUCUAUUUGGAAAUCUUGAUCAAUUUCAUGGUAUAUCCUGGAAAAGACUGUUCCUUUGCCUCGCUCAAACCAUGACCCGUCCUCUCACCCAAUCCGAUCUCAUAUUCCCUACACAUUCGCUCUCCCUCUCAUCGACUCUCCACUUGCUCAAGCGCUCUGCGCUAUCUAUCCACAACCGUCUCUCUUCUAUCCAGUCUGACGCGGACUUCGUCGCUUCGCUUUCUGAGGCGUACGGGCUUCCGCUCGUGGCGAAUGAGCGGUGUGGAAGCUGGUAUAUUCCAACGGAGAAGAAGGUCGAGAGCGUGUAUUUCAAGAGCACGGAUGGGCAUAUGAAUGAGUGGGGCUUUAGUCUGAGGAGGUUAAAUUUGCAUGUGUUGGAUGUUGUGGGGAAGUAUGGAGGAUGUAUGAUUGUGGAUUCGACGAGAACAGGGAAGAGUAUGCCCGAUGCGCUCUCGAAAACGAUUCCUAUCUGGUGCUGCGUGAUAAAUCGAGCACUAUUCUCCGGCUCAGGACCGCACCCGCUAUACACGCCUCCCCAAGCUGUGUCGGAAUCCGAACAUGCGCAAAUAGAGACUCGAAUAGAUCGAUUCGUUCGACAAUUUUUUGACAUCUGCAAACCCAAUAUCCGCGAACUACGAUUCAAAAUUCAGAAGCCGCUCCGUCCCAUCUGGACACUUCAGACCUCUCCUCUUCCAGAGAGCAAGCCCUCUUUCCCAGACUACCAUCCUAUCGUGCUAUGCUCAGCAUCGCGGCGCGUCAACGGCGCUGAAAGCUCAGAAGGCGGUUAUAUCCAGGGUGCUGCCGAUGACCACGAAGCAUGGGCUCGUGGGCUCACACCGACAAUAUUCUGGAAGAACAAAGACAAACUGCUGAACACGAACGAAGAAAAUCUACCCAGCCUCAUCACGGCGCUGAUUAACCAGGAGAGGGGACCCGACGCGCUACCGAUCCUCAUCAACCCAACCACCAACCUUUACAUCUCAACCACACAAAAUCUAGACAUCGCGCCCUUCGACGCAAUAAUAAGCUGCACACCCGAGCCACUAACAACCACGCAUCAGGAACACGUAAAAUCGAAGAAAUACCUGCAUUUACGCUGUCAGACCGGGAAACUCGGUUCCCGAGACUUGCGCGCGCAGCUCGCUUAUCUGCCCGCUUUCUUCUCAAGCCUCCCGUCAUCACCCGAGAAGAUACUGGUGUGCUGUCCCACGGGGAAAGAUCUUUCUGUCGGCGCUGCGCUCGCUGUUCUUUGCUUGUACGCGGACGAAAGCGGAAAGAUAUCGACGGAGCGACGAGAAGGCAAGAUCGACAAGACGUUCAUCAAGCAACGCCUCGCGUGGCUGACGACGAAUCCAACACUGAAUCCGCCGAGAGGGACGCUGCAGUCUGUGAACGCGUUCUUGAUGCCUGAUCCCUCAGCCGCAUCUAAAGAAGGAAUGGAGCCCACACAGAUACCUCCGGAGCAACUCGUUCUUUCAACUCCCAGCGAUGCCGCAGUAGCAACCGAUACGACCACCCCCUUCGCAACCCCCCUCAAAACAUCCAACACACCCCCGUCCAACUCCAACCCACCCAACAUCCCCGCAACGCUCUUCACCUCCCUCCACAACUCCAGCAAACCCUGGGCCUUCACACGCCAGCUCUCCUCCGUCCUACCCACCCACCCCUCCGGCACCGUAACCGGAACCGCGACCUUUACUCCAUACACUGCCCCCGCAUCGGAACCCCCCAACCCCAACACGCUUCUCUAUGCCGAAGAAGGCGAGUUUCUCACAAGCUCCGGCCUGCACUUCGUCGCGCGCCGCAAGUACGUGUACCAGCUGAAACCAGGCCUAGAGACGGGAGAAGAGCCAUACAUCGCGGUGCACUUCUACGAGGACGAGAAUGGGAGGGAGGGGUUUGGGGGGUUGUUUGUGGAGAUGGGUGAGCUGGAGAGGGAUGAUGAGAGCGAUGAUGGGGUGUUGCGGGCGGGAAAUAGGGAGCAGCAUCUCUGUGCUGAGGAUCUGUAUACUGCGAGUUGGCGGUUUAGCGGUGGGAUGGGAGGAGACGAUGGAGAGGAAAGGGAAAAGUGGUGGGAAGUGCGCUACGAUGUCAAGGGGCCGAAGAAAGACUACGUUAGUACGACGCGAUACACUCCAGUGUAG